UAACUGUUAACAUGAUUAAAUAUCGUUGACGGUUUCUUUAUUAUUUUUCUGUUCAGUUUUAUUCAAUCCUUUUUGUAUCGUGUAUUCAAAAAUGAUAAUCGUGUCGAUAGGUUUUUGAAUUGUUGUUUUGUUCAGCCAAAAAAAAACAAACGAUAAUUAUUUCAUUAUGGAAUUAUCUUUGGACGACCCUUGCCAGUUGUUCUUUCCGGGAGAAGUCGUAAUGGGAGUUUUACGUUUACACAACAUCGAUGAAUUGAUCGGCAUGCCGCCCAUCGUCAGAGUUAACGGAUACACUAUCGUGUGGAAAACCAAUUCCAAGUGCGAUACCGAAGAGUAUUGUUCAUUUUUCGAAGACCAAGCGGUUAUGAACAAAAUUUUGCCUGAAAACAACAACUCGACGACAUCAUUGAACCUACCAACAGAAAUCUAUUCCAGUACGUACAAGUUCCAUUUCGUCUUACCCGAUAAUCUACCGCCGUCCUACGAAGUCCAGUUUGGCCACACGAGAUAUAAAAUUUCGGCGAAUUUCAACAGCAAUACUGCUUUUACGUAUUUUAGUGUCGGCCAAUGGGUGGGGUUGAAGAAACGUGCUAACUCAGUCGAUAGAAAAACGAGUUUUAUUCCGUCGUUGUGUAUCUGUUGGUGUCCCGUUGUUAAAGCAUCGUUCCAUCUAGAGCAAACUCAAUAUUUGCCCGGAGAGACUGUCUAUUUAGACGCUGUUAUCAAAAACAAUUCUUGGGACGACAUUAUAUAUUCUAAAGCGUUCAUCGUUCAAAAUACGAAAUAUGUAAAAACCCAUCAUAUUAUACCGAUUAAGUAUAAGAGAACCGUUGUGGAAGAAACGAGAGGGCUCAUAUCCAGUGGUCAUAAUCAAGUUUGGUCUCGGCAACCGUUGUACAUACCUCCGGUGAUUCCGACCACAAAAAAGUGUAACAAUCCGUUUAACUUUUUCGAUGUAGAAUAUAAACUGAAGAUUCACAUUGUUAUGAAGAGUUCUAAAGAAAAAACUUUGUUCUCACAAAGAUUGUUGAUCGGCAAUUGGGACGACAGCAUGAGCUGUACAAAACUGAACGAUCAUAAAAAAAAACCAAUCCAGCUUCUUCAAUUUUCCACCGAUGAUUGUCAGAUGAGCAAAUUACAAAACAACGACUUCAAACCCAAAUACGUGGUUUAUCAGACUAAUUGAAAGUUUUGAACGUUUAACUCGCUAAAUGUUUAUUAUGGAAGUAUUUUUUUUUUGUUAUUAUUUUAUAUUGAGAUGUUUUUUUUUUUUUUUUACUA